GAGGCGGCGUCCGGCGCUGCUGGCGGUGAUCGGCCCGGUGGGCUCGGAGGAGGAGCGGGCGGCGCUGCGGAGGAGCCUGGAGCGCGGCAUCUACUCAUGGGACAUCGAUCUCCACUCCUGUGACCUGAAUCAGCAGCUGAGACUCUUUGUCACAAGCCAUCUUGCACACUUUUCAUCAGAGGUCAAAGGCCAGAGGACUCUUCACCACCAGAGCGAGGACCUAGAAACUGUCAUCCUCGUCAACCCCGAUGAGCAGAGCGUUGUGUCGCAGGUGCGCUCCUUGGUAUGUGACGUGCAAGCUGCCCCCAAGCUGCUGAUCCUGUGUGGACAGAGCUCGGACCAGGGCGGGGACUUGAUCCUGCAGGCUGGCGCCUUCACUGAUCAGAGCUUUGCCGAAAUACUGGCAGAUCCUGAGGUGGCCCAGCUGCUAAGCAACACUGACCCAGCAUCCCGGCCCUCCUUCACGGUCUCGUAUUUGGGAGAGGGAGACUGGCGCCACAGCCUUGGCCACCCCCAGUUCCAGGGCCUUCUGAAUCUGAGGCUGAACCCUGACCCAGCGGUGCCCGAGAUGGACGGGGUCUCUGAAUUUGCUGAGUAUGUCUCCGAGACAGUGGACGUCCCAUCGCCCUUUGACCUCCUGGAGCCCCCCACCUCUGGGGGCUUCCUCAAGCUCUCCAGGCCCUGCUGCUACAUCUUCCCGGGAGGGAGGGGGGACUCCGCCCUUUUUGCAGUCAACGGGUUCAACAUCCUGGUGGAUGGCGGCUCAGAGAGGAAGUCCUGCUUCUGGAAGCUGGUCCGGCACUUGGACAGGAUCGAUUCCGUGCUCCUGACCCACAUCGGGGCUGACAACCUCCCCGGCAUCAACGGGCUCCUGCAGAGGAAGGCUGCCGAACUGGACGAGGAGCAGUCUCAGGGCUCCACCAACUACAGCGACUGGAUGAAGAACCUCCUCUCCCCAGAGCUGGGGGUCGUCUUCUUCAAUGUCCCCGAGAAGCUCAAAAUGCCAGAGUCUUCCAUGAAGGUGAAAAGGAGCAUUGAGGAGGCCAGCCUGACCCUGCAGUACCUGAACAGGCUGGGCAUGAAGCCGGAGCCCCUCUACAGGGUGGUCAGCAACACCAUUGAGCCCAUCACCCUCUUCCACAAGAUGGGGGUGGGGAAACUAGACAUGUACAUCCUGAACCCCGUCAAGGACAGCAAGGAGAUGCAGUUCCUCAUGCAGAAGUGGGCGGGGAACAGCAAGGCCAAGACAGGGAUCAUUCUGCCCAACGGGAAGGAAGGGGAGAUCUCUGUCCCCUACCUGACGUCCAUCACAGCCUUGGUGGUUUGGCUCCCAGCGAGCCCAUCAGAAAAAAUAGUGAGAGUUCUGUUUCCUGGAAAUGCUCCUCAAAAUAAGAUCCUGGAAGGUCUUGAGAAACUCCGGCACCUGGAUUUCCUCAAGCACCCAACAGCCACUCAGAAGGACAUGGCUGCCGGGGUGCCGUCACCUGCCCUGAGAUAUACCAAGAUGAAGCAGAGGACAGAGAGCAGAGAGAGCCUGAAGUCUUCCUCGAAGCCCUUCGCAGCCAAGGGAGCAGCUGAGGAGGGGGCAAGGGAGGUGAAGGCCGAGACGGGGAAAGAGGCCAAAACCGAGAAAAAGGCAAAAGAACUCUCGGAAAGAAACCCAGAGAAGCCUGCUAAGCCUGAAAAGAUAAAAACAGACUCCACCGGCGAUGCCCUUAAGGCUGAGAAAAGGAAAUUAGCCAAAGACAAAGUUGGCAAGAAGCACCUGAAGGAAAAAGCUUCUAAACUGGAGGAGAAAAGGGACAAAGAGAAGAAGGAGAUCAAGAGAGAGAGGAAGGAGCUGAAGAAGGAAGAGGGAAGGAAAGAUUCAAAGAAAGAGGAGAGGAAGAAGGAAGCCAAGCCAGAGCUGAAGAAAAUGUCUAAGCCUGACUUAAAGCCCUUCACUCCGGAAGUCAGGAAAACCCUAUACAAGGCAAAGGCUCCCAGCAGGAUGAAACCCGAGAAGGUCAGCAGCAGCAGCAAGGCCGAGAAGGAGCCUCCAGUGGACCCGAGGAAGCCUGGCCAGCCACAAGAGCCAGUCCUCGUGGAGCCCAGGCCAGUCCUGUCUUCCCCAGAGGAUCUGACCAAGGACUUUGAGGAGCUGAAGCUGGAAGAGCAGACCAGGACUCCUCCGGCAGCGCUUGCUUCUGCAAAGUCUGAGGCGCUCUUCAGUGAGGAAGCAGCACCCAGGUCGUGGGCCACGGCUGCUCAGGGGGAUAGCUUGAUAGAAGAGCCCAGGGUCCCAGCAUCUGCCUCCCCAGCUGUGCCAGAGGAGGAAAUAGCGUCUCCCAACGUUUCAGGGGAGUGGCCCUCCCAUCAACUGGAGGAGAGAGGGAAGACAGCUGAAAGGUCUGACAGUGAGGAAGCAGCCUUGGUGGGACCUCUUAAGAGAGGGGAAUUUGCAGGACCAGAGCUUGCUGGAGAACAAGCAAGAGAGGAGAGGGAUCCGGCACCAGGACCCUGCCCCUCCCUGAGCCCAGGGCACCAGGAUGGAAAACAAGACCCUGCUGCUUCAGAAGGGAAGUGGAUGGGCACAAGCGAAGGAAGCCAGCCGGGACAGAGAGAAGACAUCAUUGAAAAGGCAGAGCAGGAGGAGAUGGAAGAGCCACACGUAAAGGCUGAAGGGGAUGAGCCAAAGAGGAGCCCUCUCUCUCUCUUCCACCAGCCACGGGAUUCAGCUUGGCCCUCUGAAGAAGAAGAAGAAGAAAGGGGGAAGGAGCUCAAGGACGAAACGGUGAACAGAGUCAAAGGACAUGGGAAGCCAGCAGGGAAAGAGGAAUCCUCAUUUGCUCCAGUCCCAUCUGGAGAACAUAUCUCCUACAUCCAGGAUGAAACCAUCCCUGGCUACUCAGAAACUGAACAGACCAUUUCUGAUGAGGAGAUCCAUGAUGAGCAGGAGGAAAGGAUUCCACACCUCCGAUCAGACCUCGGCUCCUAUAACAUCUCUGUGCCUGGCCAGCCACACUUAUUUGAAGCAAUCCAUGGGAUUCCGGCCAUGACAGCUGCUGAGGCGACCAAAGGGUACACCAGUCAGGAACCUGAAAUCCUCAACUACCCCACAAACAUCGUAGCAGCCCCACUGGCAGAAGAGGAGCAUGUGUCCUCAGCAACUUCCAUCACAGAGUGUGACAAGCUUUCUUCUUUUGCCACUUCAGUGGCUGAAGACCAAUCCGUUGCAUCGAUUACGGCUCCACAGACAGAAGAGACGGGCAAGAGCUCUUUGUUGGUGGACCCAGUCAACAGCAUCCCUUCCUCUCGCACAGAGGCUACCCAGGGCCUGGACUACGUGCUCUCUGCUGGCACCAUCUCUCCCACAUCGUCACUAGAGGAGGACAAAGGUUUUAAAUCUCCACCUCCAGAAGAUUUCCAGGCAUUAGCCGAAGGGGAGAGGAAAUCUGAGGCCUGCAGAAAGGGCUUGCAGGAGAAGGAGGAAGAGGAGGAGGAAGAUGAAACUCCAAAUGUUGAGAGACCUCAAAGAGCCCAAGGACAUUAUGAUGCUCCAGCAUUUUCCCAGCAAGGGAUCCUCCAGGAAGGAUUACCUGAGGAACCCACAAAAACAACACAAGCAGCCAUGUUGCUGUUGAUGGAAGGGGAAUCCCAGUUCCUUCCAGCAGAUUCUGGUGAGGCUGAAGAGCGAUGCAUGAGCCCUGAUGACAGCACUGUCAAGAUGGCUUCCCCCACCCAGUCAGGCCCAACCAGUGCUGGGCACACGCCUUUCCACCAAUCCCCCAUAGAGGAAAAGUCUGACACUGUGGAGGCGGAGCUGUUCGACAAGGGUCCUGUCGGGCAGGAUGGAGGUGAGAGGACGAAUACAGAGUCUGGGAAAGAAGCUGCUUCUGGCCUCCUCCUGGACAAACCUGGCCCCGUGAGUGCGACCCUUGCACAAACAGAACCUGCUUUGUCUUCCCAGAGUGAAAGCCAGAGCCUGCUGCCCUUGGAAAGAGAGGAGCUGGCAAUGCACUUCUACCACAAACAGGAAACCCUUGACAUUUCAGACCUGUAUCCUGCCACCAAAGACACGCCUCCAGAGCCCAGCAUAGAAUUCGGGAGGCCCCCUGGGAGAAACGAGCUCCCUGCUGCAGAAAUACCUCCUCCGAAAGGGUGGGGGGAGGAGGGAUGUGCAGCCACAGAUGAAGAGGAUCUGCUCCGACACACAGCGACAGAAGGCGCUUCUCUAGGGGAAGGGAAAUUUCCCAAAGGAUGUUCUCCUGUGGUUCCCACCACGGAUAUGUCUGCAGAAGAUAGUCACACACUGCAUUUCGUAGAACAGAGUUUAGACCAAGAGAAACACAUUUCUCUAAGCCCUGAAGAAGAAACCCCUUCACAUUUGUUCACAGAAGAGAUUUCUCAAAUAGAUACUAAAUCUAAAGAGACUCUAGCUGGGAGAAAAUCACCAGAUGCGUUUACUGAGCAAUUCUCUGCUGAAACAACCAGACACCAAAUUCACAUGGAGGAGAGUCCAGGUCAAGGUGAAACAUCAGAAGACACUUUUGUCAGAGAGGAGUCCCUCAGUCCCCUCUCCCAAAACACCCCCCACCCCCCACAGAUGUUCUCUGCAGAUGUUGGCUUAGCUUCCCCACCAGAAAAGGGCCCCUACAAAGAACCAUCUCCAAUUCCUUCCCCCAAAGAGACAUAUUCACACUUCACAGAGCCUGGCCACCUUCUGGGGACAGAGUCCUUGGAAGUCUGUUCUGAAAAGGCAGAAGAGAAACAAGCUGCUGAGGAGCAGUCUCCAGAAAUGGAAGACAUUUAUCUGAAAGAUGCCCUUUGUGAAAAGAAAGUGUGGUUUCCGGAGGAGGUGAAGGAAAUCCCAGGCAAAAACCAAAACCGACAGCAGUAUGAUAAGGACAGAGGAGAAUGCAUGCUCCUGGAAGAUGAACGAGGAGAAUGCACAUUCUUAGACGAGGAGGAGGAGGUAACUGAAGAGAGAAAUAUCCCUGACUCUGUGGAAUCCAAAGAUAAUGUUUCAGAGCUGGCAGAGAAGGACAUAUGGGGUAGCCAAUAUAGGGAUUUCCAGGAAGAAACUGCCAUUCACCAACCUGGGACACUUGCUCAAAAUGACCUCUCCUUUCAGGGUGACAAGAGCUGGGCUGUCCCAACAGACCCUCAGCCAAGAGUGCUGGAUGCAGAGGAAUUAAAAACACCUGUCUCCAUGAGCUCCCGGUCUCCUGAACAUGAGAGCAGUCCCACUCCCAGCUCAGGCGGGGCAGCCUUCUCUCUUCUGCAUGAGGGGAGAGCAGCCACCACCCCAGCAGAAAGACAAGAAGAUGCCCCCUCCUCACACACCCACAAGCAAGGUGAGGAGAAGGCAGCCACCAAACUGUGUCCUGAUCCUCUGGGCGAGGCUCUGGCCACGUGUUUGCUACCUCCUGCCUCUGCCUCAGAAGCGUUUGACAAAAGUUCCGUCAGAUUCCCACUGGCAGCUGAGGAAGAGGGAUCAGAGAUGCUCCUCCGAGGUCCAAAAGUGGCCCUGGAUGCAGAAGAAGAAGGUGCCGCUCUGGAUCAGACCACGGAGGGCCAGCGGGAGACGAUGGUGAGCGCAGCACCCUGGAGCCCAGGGGGACUGGAGGACGCUGUGUUCGCCGCAGUGGGAGAGCCACAGGGAGGGAGCAGAGGCAGCCUCACUGUCCCUUUGGGGGGCACAACCUCUCUGAACCAGCUGGAGUGUCAUUCGUGGUCCUGCUCUCUGGACUCUGCUGGCCCAUUUGAAUUCUGUGAAUCAAAAGAUGAUGCAAAUGGGAAAGGGCAAAAGAAGGAAGAGCGAGAGCCAACUCCUUAUCCUCACGAGAAAACUUUCCAGUAUGCAGACAUCUUUGAUCCAGUUGCAGUGCCUGGUGCUGGGAGGGAGGCCUUGUUCCAGACAAGGAAAGCACCACAGGGCCAGAAAGGCUCUCUCUACCCCAUCUCCUCCAAGGAAGAGGAGUCCUGCCUCUACACCUCUACUGAGAAAGAACUGUCCUCUCCAGCUUCCCCGAAGGAGGAUACAGCAGAGCCAUCCUUUGAGUACGCAGAGGUCCAUGAGGCAGUGCAGCACAGCUCCAUCCCACCUACCUUGGCAGACAGACACACUCAGUGUGAAAGUCGGCACACUCCCUCUCCCCAGCCAGGAAAGCCCCUCACUGCCUCCUCUUCCCAAGAGAACGGCUCUGCCUGUGCUGCGGCUGCAGGGAUCUUAGACAGAUGCCAUCAAGGAGGAACAGCUGGUUACCUCAGUGCUGCACAGCCUCCAGAUGCAAACAUCAGGCAGGAGCAGAGAGCACCCUCCCCCCCCAGACACCAUCAGCCCAAGGACACCUACUAUGAGAAGGCGGACAGAGGAGGAGAAGAGAGCAUCAGUGACUCAGAGCCGGAAAAAGGUGCCAAGGAGGAAUCAGAGAAAGAAUCUAAACUCCCUGAAGCACCUUCUGCUGUCGAGGAACCAUAUGCAGACAUGUCCUGGAUGGAGAAGGUUCAUGCACCACAGUUAUGGCAGGAAGCUGAUCCAAUGGUGCUGGCCUGUGGUGGGCUGUUGGCAGAGGGAAACCAGGCGGAGCAAGGAGUCCGAGGGGCAGAUGAAGCUCUCUCUGACACCCUCACACAGACGUGGAUGGCAGCUUUUGCUUCAGUGACCCCAAGUGUGUCUGUAGAAGCCAAUAAAGAGUACCCCAAGGAAGCCGGGUCUUCAAGAAAACACUCGAGUGAUGCUGACCUGUGUCUGGAGAGCCACACCAAAGGAUUCUCCUUGGUCAGUUCUGCUAAGGAGGAGAAGGACUUUCCCCUUCUGAACAAAGGACCGGACUGGUCUUCCUCAGGCUUUGAACUGUCAUCCCUAGGAAAGCAUGAGCCCUCCAUUCUGUUCAGACACGAAGCACAUUUCUCAUCCCGCCUCAAGGACACAUCUCAGACUUUAGGCAGGUUUGAUCCUGUUUCCUCAGAAAAGGGAAUGGAGGACGAAUACUUGGAGGUGUCAACAAAGGGCUCCUCCGGCUACGGGGAGGGGAAGCUGUCCUCUGAGGUGCCCCAGGAGCACCCACAGAUGGGCUCACCCGAGGAAGCCUCCGCAAAGACCCCCAUGAUGCAGGCAGCUGGGGGCAGCUCUUACCCCAGCCUCUUCCCCACCAGGCCAGAGGCAGCAGCUGCAGAGCCAGACCCCCAGAGCACGUGGGACGCAGCCUCGGCAGAAGCAUCUUCACUGGAAGUGGGAGGGGCUGCUACUGCCAGCAUGGAGGACAACAGCUCCCAGCCCCUGGCCGAGCAGCAGCAAAAGGAACAGAUGAUGUCGGCCUCCUCCCUUCCUGGCGUGCUGGAAGCUUCCCCCUCCUGCCAGCAGGGGGCGCCUGCCACAGCCAAUGGCCCCACAGAGGUGAGCACCAGUCCCCUGGCAUUCCAUGGCAUGUCCUAUAUUCCUGCAGAGAGACUGGGGAAAACAGAGGAGGAGGAGGAGGAGGGCUGUGCUAGACAGAGCCGGCCCUCUUCCCUUCUGGCCCCUGAGUCCUCCUUGCCAGGCAAGGCAGAGGAGCAUGGCGAUGCCUCCCAUGAGUUGGAACCACAUUUAGGAGCCACCUCAGACUAUGAGCAGAAGUUCCCGAGCGAGUACAAGCCCAGGAAGGCUGAACUGUCACCAUCCUUCAUCAACCCAAGUCCUCAUGACUCCUCAGAUGACAGCGAGCUUUCCCAGGUCGAAGGGCAUCCUUCAGUGAAGGGGAGAGCACCCCCCAGUCCAGGUGGACACAGACGAGCCACGACGAUGGUGGAAGAAACUCCCCCCACCUCUGCAAGCGACUCUGGGACUUCCCAGUCCGAUUCAGAUGUUCCUCCGGAGACAGAGGAGUGUCCGUCUAUCACAGCAGAUGCUGCCCUGGACUCAGAUGAAGAUGCCGACUUCCUCCCCGUAGACAAAGCUGUGGGCAGCUCUCAUCACAGUAGCACCAGGACGAGUCAUGACCCUCCGCCUGCGUCCGUGGUGGACCCCCAUCCUCAUCCUCCACAUCCCGAUGUCUGCAUGAUGGACCCUGAAAUGCUGCUAAAUGAACAAAACGUGAACAGAACUGACAAAACGUCCAGGAAGGACAUGAAAGAGAAACACAAAGGUGUGAGGAAGCCACUGAGUAAGCCCAAGCAGCCCUCUUCCCCUUCCAGGAAGCCAGCUCCCACCAAGCAGCCUUCGGACAGGUGGUCUCCAAAGGCAGCCCUGGCAAAGAGGGAGAGGCCUCUCAAGGGCCACGUGGAGGAGAAAGAGGAGGGCUCCCGAAGCAGCCACGGCAAAAGCCUCCUCGGCAACAGCAGCGCCAAGGCAAGCCCAGGCAACCUUCAGCACACUGCAUCCACCAGGCAAGGCUGCUCCAGAAGUCAGUGCCACGGCUGGAAUAUCCACUCUUUCAAGAACUCGUUUCCAAGCAUCCCAUUUUCUUUCUCUCUCUCUCUCUCCUCCCAAGUGUCAAGCAACUCUAAAAGCAGCCUCCCUGUGCCCUCUGGACCGCCCAUCUAUGUGGACUUGGCUUACAUCCCCAACCACUGCAAUGCCAAGAACACAGACCACGAGUUCUUCAAGAAAGUCCGCGCUUCCUACUACGUUGUGAGCGGGAAUGACCCGAGCAAUGGGGAGCCAAGCCGAGCCGUGCUGGAUGCGCUGCUGGAGGGGAAGUCCCAGUGGGGGGAGAACGUGCAGGUGACCCUCAUCCCAACACAUGACACAGCGGUGACCCGUGAGUGGUACCAGCAGACACACGAGAAGCAGCAGGAGCUGAGCAUCAUGGUCCUGGCCAGCAGCAGCACGGUGGUGAUGCAGGAUGAGUCCUUCCCUGCCUGCAAGAUUGAGUUCUGAGCGUGCUCACCUGUCACCCUGCCACACAUGGAGAUCCAUCCAGUGACGGCUCCGUUGUCUUUCCUCAGCGUGGUCUGAACACCCAGGCCACUUUGUGUCUGUAUGUGGUUCUUGUUUGCCAGGAUGCCUGGAGGCAUGCAGAGUAGAGGGCCCGGCUAGGGCCGUUUCACUGUCUAGAGUUUAUUUCGCUUCCUCAUUCUAUAGAACAAUGCAGCUGCCUUGAUGCUGCUCAUGCGCUCUGUCUUCCCUGCACUCCCCGGCUGCUUCCUCCCGGGGUGGCUCUGCUCCAUCAGGGUCACCUGUGCGGCACUGCCCACAGGACUUGGCCUGGGGGAUGGCUGGAAGCAAAGGAUUAAAAGCAGGAAGAAAGGAUGACCAGGCAAAAGAAACCAGUCCCCGGGCUCUUCCUGCAAGAAGCAAGAGGUGAGCAGGGAACUCUGGAUGUCUGGAGGAGCCGCCUUCUUCCAAAGCUGUGUUGGUGGGGGAUUCUGCCGCCGGGGGUCUUGGGCAAGAGAGCGCACUUCCCAUCUCUUCAGCUCACCUUAGCUUUGAAAAUGGCACUGGCAGUCAGAGUCAAGAGGGGGGAGAUCUGCCAAGAAGGCCAAGAGGAGAACUGAGGAUGCACGCAGGGAUUCCAGCAGUCCCUGGUGCCCAGGGACCAGGCAAGGGAAGGGGCAGACCGGCUGCCAUCCUGAGCGCCUAUGGGGAAAUGGGGUGCGGGGAGAGAGAACAACAAAUGUGGCCACUCACUCAUCCUUUUGGGCUUCCUGUCUCUCCACAGCUGUCUCAGUAGAUCUAUCAGAGGUGUUAGCUGUCACAAAGCACCUCCCCCCGCCCCAUGUUGAUAGCGCCAGCAUUGGCCAGUCAGUAGUCUGGACGCUGGUGCCAAAGGCACAGUCCUCUGCGCUCUUCCGUCAUAGGGAUGGACGGGGGGACAGUGUCCCAGCACCAGGGAGCCACAAAGGAAAGACAGGCGGCUGGGGACAGGCUCUCCAAAGCUGCCCUGCCAUCUCGAAUCCCGCUGUAGAAGAAACAAGGAGGGAGGGGUGGGUGGGCAGGCGACGGGAAUUACUUUUGCAGUUGCCAUUUAAUUUUUAUAUUUGUGUUUUCCAGUGGUUUUGUUUUACUGAUUUCAUUGCUGCUGGGGCGUGGCAGAUCCCUGGAAGUUGCUCAAGGCUGCCCUUUGAGAAAGCCAAGAUAGCUUUGCCCCAGCAAGGUCACUGGGGGGCUCCUCGCACUCUGGCCCCCCAAGUGCCACCUGCACGGCACUCGCUGGGGUCUCAGGUGCAGCAGCAGUAGCCCAGUGCUAGUGUUGGGCAAGGGCUUCCCUCAUGGAUCUGGGGAGACAAGCUCGUGCACUAACCCACAUCUGAAUGUCUCUGUGAAGAAAACUUGAAGCAAGCGAGGGGGGGAUUCUGACCCUCCCCCCUCAUGAUGCUGCCUUGACACUUUGAUCCAGUUGUGUUCUUUUCCCCACCGAGUCCUUUCCACCAUUCUUGUCCUUUUCAAGACGGCUUUGGCAUCUUCAGAACGUACAGCCUCCCCUCUUAAAACCCUCGAUGAUGGGGCGUGCCCAACCCAAGGCCACCUAGCCAGCGGGGAGGGAAUUUGGGCCCCCCACAAUCCCAGGAAACCCACAGCGGGAGAAAAGAUUUACAUGCUGCUUUUGCUUGUUCCUGCAUGUGGCCAGAAGUGUGUGUGUGUGUUUGUUCCUCUCUGAAAGCUCCGAUCCACAUGCCAGCACCAUCUUAACUUCCAAAACGGCAUCUCCCCCUCCAGCUCCCUUUGCUGCUGAAUGCUGUGCCAGGAGUCCAGCUCUUCCCUGCCCCCCACCCACUUUUUAACUGUAUCAUGUAUAAACCAAGAUGAAUCCCUCCAGCCUCCCUCCCCCCCAUCCCCAUCCUGUGCACAAUGCUCUGUAAUUCUAAUGAUUGUGAAGGGAGGGGCCUGCACUAACCAAUAAAGAAGCCACAUUAACUGCG